GGUCACCACCUUAGAACCUGUGUCAAAUGAUACAACGAUCCGACAUGAUGAUGCCUUUCAAGCCAAGAAAUACACCAUCAACACCCACUCACAUGUGGUGUAUUGCAGAGACGCAAGCUCUUCCAAGUUCCAACACUAAGCGAGGACGUGCAUAUCAUUUUCUAACUUCCAAUUCUUGGCCAUCUUAAACCUUUGGUCUUUUGCAAAAGCCCAAUCAGACUUUGUAUUAACCACUGGGCUACAGGCGGCCAACGCCGCAGACCAUCGAUGAUACCUAUCGCGCCAUAGACAAAUGAGUGAUUCCUUUCAGCAUAUAAACAUUCUGUCUCCGAUUCUAUUCCAACUGGGUACGACGUAUCAUGCUAAAGGCUUAUAUACCCAGUUGAAGGAUGGCGACGACCAAAAACAGUGUGGUUAUUGAACAAUGCCCUUCAAAUGAUGAGAGUCCACGCGUUACAAAAAGCCGAGGAUGGGAAAACUCAAUUUUAUCAAAACUCUGCAAUGACAGAGAGCGUCUGGUGGUUCUUAAAAUUGAUUUCCUGCUGUUGACAUGGGCGUUUGUUUCUGGUUUGACCAAGGACAUGGACCAGUCUGCAACUACUCAGGCAUACGUUUCAGGAAUGAAGGAGUCCCUCAGUCUUUAUGGCAAUGAACUCGUGGAAUUCACAACAUUCUUUUCUAUCGGAUACGCUAUAGCAAUCGUGCCUUCGCAGCUGACGCAAACGAAGAUUAGGCCAUCUGUAUGGCUUCCAACCUGCGAAAUUAUUUGGGGUGCAUUGAAUCUGGCUACAUUUGCCGCAAAGAAUGCAAGAACAGUAUAUGCAUUGAGAUUCUUUUUGGGGGUCUUCGAGUCCACCUCUUGGCCGGGCCUUGCCAGUCUGCUGUUCAACUGGUAUACUCCCCAGGAAUUGGGAACACGCCUGGCAAUCUUCGGUGUCAGUGGCACGGCAGGCAAUAUGUUCCUUGGAAUUUUACAGGCAGCCUUAUACAAGAAUCUAGAUGGCGCAGGCGGACUACAGGGAUGGCAAUGGCUGUUCAUAGUCACGGGCUGUAUAACGAUGGCAUGGGGCAUGCUUGGCCUGUUCAUUAUCCCCGAUUCUCCAAGUAUUACCCGGGCGUUAUGGUUAACAAAACAGGAACGCAUAAUUGCUGUAGACCGCAUGGCGAGCCAUGGGAUUAAGACGAACGAACUUGUCAAUCGAAAAGUUGUUCUUGAGAAAAUUCGUGCUCUCCUAAAAACCCCACUGAGUUGGCUCUAUAUCGCUGCAUAUCUUCAAUAUGCAUGGAGUCAGAGGUGCAACUCAUAUUUCCUGCUAUACCUAAAGGGCCUAAAAAAUGAUAAUGGUGAACAGCUAUAUAGCACGUACACUGUCAACCUCAUUCCAUUGGGCGGAUACGCAAUUUCUAUCGUCACCAAUGUCGGUUUCAAUUAUCUGAGUGACAAGAAGCAAUGGCGAUGGCAAGUGGCCGUCUCUACAGCGCUGCUGCAAGUUCUCUGCUGUUCUGUCUUAUCCGCCUGGCCCGAUUCCACACCGACAGUCAUGGCCUUCUACUUCAUGACCUUUGCUACCAGUGGGUGGGGGUAUGCACUACUAGCUUGGAUCGGCGAGAUCCUUCGCAAAGAGCCCGAAGUCCGAUCAAUUCUCGUAGCUCUAACUGUUACGCUUGUGUACGUCGGCCAUGCGACAAUUCCACUUCGUAUUUGGAGAACGUCAGAUAGUCCGCGGUAUCCUAUUGGAUUCCCGUUGUCGGCUGCUUGGGCAGCUGGAAGUAUUGUUUCAAUGCUAGGAAUUGAAUUUUAUAUCAGGAGGCACCAGGAAAUUCUGGAGAAUGGUCUUAGUGGGGUUCCACUGGAAGAGGAUCAGAGAUCAGCUAGGGAUAUCUUAAAGGAUACUUGAUGAUAUGAAUGCAUAGUGGAUGCUUACGGAGGCUUAUAGCGGCCACUCCGCAACAACAGGUCUUAUCAAUUUCUGCCAGCAGAAUUGAU